AUGGCUUUUAUCGAGGACAAAGGAACACUAUACAGUGACAUCACGGACUGGCCAAAGUCACUUGCGAGCGGUUGCAAGAACCAUAACUGCGAAGAUCACCAGCAGUGUUUUCCAUUCGGAAAUGACGCGUUCAAAUGCAUCGAUAUCUAUUGCGAGGAACCAUCAAAGGUGACGAACGCCGUUGUAGAGCCGGGUAGUCGUCUGGCAGGAUCCAUUAGAACGUACACGUUUACAUGUCUUGAAAACCAGUAUGCCGUUGGCAAGACAAGCAUCAAAUGCCGCCACAACGAAUCAUGGACUGCUUUGGAAGCUAGAUGCAAAAGACUACCAACAUGCGCAGACUUGAACGAGUGUGACCCGGCCUUUACAGACGGAGAGUACUGGCUCUUCCCGCUAGCCUUUGGCGACGAGAAAUUGAAAGUGUAUUGCCACGGCAUGGACGGUGAUUUCCCUGAAGAUUUUAUAACAUUGAACGCUGGAAAUAACUUUGCAUACGAUUCCGGCUCCAUUGAAGGUGGUAUCAGAUCAACCCAAACUUACAACAAAAUCAGACUGGAUCUUCAGACGAUGAUAAUUGACACUACACGAUCUGAUUUCACUGUAAGCAACCCUGUUGGAAGUUUCGUAAAGUACGGACAGGGAGCCGGUUGUAUGGGUGCAGUUGCAGACGGACAUUUUCAGAUAGACAGUAGAGGAACAGGGCUAAAGUUUGGUUCGACCGUGAGUAGCUCAAGGUUAUAGCCAAAUUUUCCUUUCCGAAACGGUACCAUUCAACCCAGAAAUUAAAGAAAGAACUUUUGCUAGAUUGAUUAGUGAUGAUAUAUUAUAUGUUAUAUAAAGUG